GGCGGGCGGCGGCGGCGGUUCCGGGGCGGGCGGCACCGGCUCCGGCUCGGCGCGCGAGGGCUGGCUCUUCAAAUGGACUAAUUACAUCAAGGGCUACCAGCGCCGCUGGUUCGUGCUCAGCAACGGGCUCCUCAGCUACUACCGGUCCAAGGCAGAGAUGCGUCACACCUGCCGUGGCACCAUCAACCUGGCCACAGCCAACAUCACUGUGGAGGAUUCCUGCAACUUCAUCAUCUCCAACGGUGGGGCUCAGACCUACCACCUGAAAGCCAGCUCGGAGGUGGAAAGGCAGCGCUGGGUCACAGCCCUGGAGCUGGCCAAGGCCAAAGCUGUCAAGAUGCUGGAGGAGUCAGAUGACUCUGGCGACGAGUCGGUGUCUCAGACGGACAAGACGGAGCUGCAGAGCACCCUACGCACCCUGUCCAGCAAGGUGGAGGAUCUGAGCACCUGCAAUGACCUGAUAGCCAAGCAUGGCACAGCCCUGCAGCGCUCCCUCAGCGAGCUGGAGGCACUGAGGCUGCCAGCUGACAGCCAGGAGAAGAUCAAGCAGGUGAAUGAGAGAGCGACGCUGUUCCGCAUCACCUCCAACGCCAUGAUCAACGCCUGCAGGGAUUUCCUGCUGCUGGCCCAGACCCACAGCAAGAAGUGGCAGAAGUCGCUGCAGCACGAGCGGGACCAGCGCAUCCGGCUGGAGGAGACGCUGGAGCAGUUGGCCAAGCAGCACAACCACCUGGAACGGGCCUUCCGAGGGGCCACCGUGCUGCCCAGCGGCCCUGCUGGCUCUGCCAAAGAUCCCUGCUGCCCUGCCAAAGGUGACCUGAGUGACGAGGACGACGACAACGAGUUCUUUGACGCCCCAGAGAUCAUCGUCAUGCCCGAGACCAUGGGCCACAAGCGCACGGGCAGCAACAUCAGCGGCACCAGCAGCGACAUCAGCCUGGACGAGCAGUACAAGCACCAGGUAGAGGACACCAAGAAGGAGAAGAGAACCCGAAUCCCCUACAAACCCAACUACAGCCUCAACCUCUGGAGCAUCAUGAAGAACUGCAUUGGGAAGGAGUUGUCCAAGAUCCCCAUGCCUGUGAACUUCAACGAGCCCCUGUCCAUGCUGCAGCGCCUGACAGAGGACCUGGAGUACCACGAGCUGCUGGACAGGGCAGCCAAGUGUGAGAGCUCCCUGGAGCAGCUCUGCUACGUGGCUGCCUUCACUGUCUCCUCUUACUCCACCACCGUCUUUCGCACCAGCAAACCCUUCAACCCCCUCCUGGGAGAGACCUUCGAGCUGGAUCGGCUGGAGGAGAACGGCUACCGCUCCCUGUGUGAGCAGGUGAGCCACCACCCCCCAGCCGCUGCCCACCACGCCGACUCCAGGCACGGCUGGACGCUGCGCCAGGAGAUCAAGAUCACCAGCAAGUUCCGGGGCAAAUACCUCUCCAUCAUGCCCCUGGGCACCAUCCACUGCGUCUUCCACUCCUCGGGCAACCACUACACGUGGAAGAAGGUGACGACCACGGUGCACAACAUCAUCGUGGGCAAGCUGUGGAUAGACCAGUCAGGUGAGAUCGAGAUCAUCAACCACAAGACAGGAGACAAAUGCAACCUCAAGUUUGCCUACAGCUACUUCUCUCGGGAUGUGGCCAGGAAGGUCACUGGGGAGGUGACAGACCCCACAGGGAAGGUGCACUUUGUGCUGCUGGGCACGUGGGAUGAGAAGAUGGAUUGCUACAAGGUGCCAGCGGGCAGCGGGGACAACGGGGCAGAGGCGCGGCAGAGGGCACACGAGGCCGAGGACAGCAGGGUGCUGCUGUGGAAGAGGAACCCCCUCCCCAAGCACGCCGAGAACAUGUACUACUUCUCGGAGCUGGCGCUGACCCUGAACGCCCCCGAGAGCGGCCCCGCGCCCACGGACAGCCGGCGCCGGCCCGACCAGCGCCUGAUGGAGAACGGCCGCUGGGACGAGGCCAACGCCGAGAAGCAGCGGCUGGAGGAGAAGCAGCGACUGUCCCGCAAGAGACGCGAGGCCGAGGCCGCCCGCGCCACCGAGGAUGGGACCCCGUACGACCCCUACAAGCCGCUGUGGUUCGAGCGCAGGAAGGACCCGGUGACCCAGGAGCUGGCUCACGUCUACAAGGGGGGUUACUGGGAGAGCAAGGACAAGCAGGACUGGAGCUUGUGCCCGGACAUCUUCUGAGCUGGGAGGAAGGGGAGGGGACACGGAGGGAGGGGCGGGAUGCUGUAAAAGCCGGGCUGGGGGGGGGACCCGUUACCCCCUCCCCCCUCCCUUCCCAAAUCCAUCUGUCUUCCCCCUGUGCCCCACCGCCGGGGUUGCCUUAGCAGAGCCACACUUGACCUUGUGGGGGUCACCCCUCGUUUUGGGGGUGUGGGGGGGUGUCCCCUUCGCCCCCCCCCCCUCCGUCCAGCCCACACACCUUUGCUCCCUCCCCGGCGCGGGACAGACGGGGGGGGGGUGGGCUCAGGUCCCCUCCCUGGGGUGGGGGGGUCGCGGGGGGGGGGGGAGCCUGAGGCUGGCCUUGGGCUCUCCCCAUUUCCCUCCCCCUCCUCCCCAUUUUAAAUGGACCCCCCCAAAGUGUUGGGGUGCUUGGGGGGGGGGAAGAGUCACCACUCCCCCCCUUCCCAGCCUGUUCUAUAGGUGUAUAUUAUAUAGGGAGAGCCAGCAUUGACCCCCCCGGGGUGCCCCCCCUACGAGGUGCCUUCCCCCCCCCCUCCCCCCCAGAAGUAGUUUAGGGCAGGGGGAGGGCUCAGGUUUUGGGGAUGGGGGUGUCUCACACCCUCCCCCCCAAACCUCUGGGGAGCAGCAGGCCCCUGCCCCCCCCAACCACUACAGGGGCCGGGGUGGGGGGAGGGGGCUGCGGGGGGGGGUCGUUUCUUCACCCCCCAAAAUGGAAAAACUGGGGCGUCUGAUGCCUUUUUUGUUCUUUUUUUGUUGUUCUUUUGGGUUUUUUUCCCUCCUUUCCAUGACAAACCCCCGUAAAUUAAACAGCUGUGAGUGCCCCGA